CCAGCGGCCAUGCAAUGGUGGUACCAGGAACAGGAUGUAGGCAACUCGACAAGGAUGGUGGCUUUGGUGAAGAGAAAUUAUCAGAAAGAUGCUCGUCUUGCAACUGACAAUUCAAACCGAUUGUUACCAUACGUAGUUGAUUCGUUUGCAAACAGAUUCCAGUGUAUAAAAGAAAAAGAUAUAAGGGAACUACCAGAUGACCAACACGAAAUGAUGAUAGUAUUUAGCAUUGUAAAGGGUUACAAUUUUGUUGGCGACGAGGAGGCAUGUCCUGCCGACUACAUACGACAUUUAAUGUCGCAAUAUGGCCACCAACAGGGAAUUGAUUUGCUGCGCAUUUUGCAUAGCCUGUUGCAGAAUGUGCAUGGGAAUUAUGGAAAUCAACAAGACGCAGCUCUGAAUGAAAAUCAACGUGAUUUGCAAGGUUAUCAGCCUCAAGCAGUUCUUGCAAGUAUGCGAUUACCUGGAACAAACCUUUGGAACAUGAACACGGAUAUCGUCAGAAGAUAUGAACAUAACGAGCAUGGUGAAAAUCAUCUUAAUAAUGAACAUGGCUGGAACUUAAAAAACACUUUUCUGCACAUUGACACUCAUUUGUAUCAAAGCACUCAUAAACAAACCUCGCAAUGCAUGUCUGCAACGGAUCUGUACCAGAUGUUUAAUAUAAAGCCUUCCUCACAACAACACAACGCGCUUCCAACCAAUUCCUUUCUUGACAUGUGUCCAGUAAUCCUUGACCUUAUGCUAAAAGGGCAUACGAAUUGCUGGCAUCCAUUUUCACCCACACAUCUUGCAACAAGAACUACACUACCGUCGUCCUCUACCACUAGCAAACCACCGGCAUCUACAGACGGAAUAUUGUCCUCAUCAUCCGUUGAUAUAGUAUCAAAUACUUCUUCAUCUUUGAAUGAAACUAAUGAAUUUAAAGAAGAGACCUCCAGGCUACACAGUUAUUUGUUUGGUUCUUUGGCUACCUUGGUGAUCAGUCUGUUCAGCAUGUUCGGGGCUGUUUUCAUGAAGCUGUCAAGGGUGAACAUUCGCAGGUACCUCAUGGCAACCAUGUUGUCUCUUGCUGUCGGAUGUUUAGUUGCCGAUGCUGCUCUGCAUUUGCUGCCUGAGAUCAUCACGAAUGUUGAAUGUACUUCUGAAGAGAACGUGCUUUUUCCAUCUCAUCUUCGAAAGAUGUGUGCAUUUCUCGCGAGUAUAUACGCAUUUUUCAUUCUGGAGAUCCUCUUAUCGACGAAGCAUGACCACAGUCACGGAGACAUUGAGGAGGACACCGAUAAUGUCGAAUUGAAAUAUGUUAAAGCGAUGGAUGAUAAUAACUUGUCAAACAGAAACAUAGUCCGCAACAAGCUUAACAACGAAUCUCCAACGGGCUCCUUUAAAGACAUCAAUGCAGAGAACUUCCAACCAAAGGUGAACAACACGGAUGCUAUUGCGGCUGCUAGUGCAGGGGAGAUUCCCCACCUAGUCGUGGGUCACAGAACUCUGAAAUCAUCCAACUCCAAUGCCAGCGAUAGGAUAAGCAUCCAUGACGUGACAACUGACAUAAAAGCUCUGGCGUGGAUGAUCAUAAUCGGUGACGGAAUUCACAACUUUGCCGACGGUCUGGCCAUUGGGGCAGCGUACGCCGUCAAUUUUACCAAGGGUCUGUCACUGUCCAUAACCGUCCUUUGCCAUGAGGUUCCUCAUGAAUUAGGAGAUUUCGCGGUACUUAUAUCGACGGGCAUGUCAAUAAAGCGGGCCCUGUUGCUAAACUUCCUAUCCAGCCUGACGGCGUUCGCAGGCCUGUAUGUAGGCUUGGUCCUCGGUGCGCAGGAGGAGGCGUCAAAGUGGAUCUUCUCUGUAGGGGCGGGGAUGUUCCUCUAUGUGGCACUGACUGACUUGAUUCCUGAGUGCAAAGAACUCUUCAAGAAAACACCAACCAAACUGAUGUUCAUUGGACAGAACAUUGGACUUUUGUUUGGAUAUGCCAUAAUGUUGCUUCUUGCGAUGUUUGAGGACAGAAUGGAAAUUGAAAUCUGAUGAACCCAUUAAAGUAUUCGAUGUACAAAUAAACUGUUCAUGUAAUCGUGCCAUUGGCGAUAAUGAUGACAUUCGGAACUUUUCGGCAUUUUCCAUCGAAAACAAACUCGGAUGUAAGCCGGUACAUCAGUAAAAGUAGUUCGUAAAAUUUCGAAUACAAGUAUUAAUUAAUUUAAG